AUGGCCGGAUCAGCCAAUCGUUUAGCCAACGUUGCAACGUUUCUGAUCGAAGGUGGUCUUGUGGGGGCUAAAACCUCCGAUAAACCAAAUCUCUUCUGCACUGAUGAUUUCGCCGUUGUCCCCAAAUACGGUGGGAACGACCUCGCCUUGGACGGAAACGGAAAGGAGAUGGUAAUUAGCUACGACGAGGACGGAGACCCUGAGACAGGGUAUACAGUUGCCGAUGUCUACCCUCAUAUCCAAGCAAUGGGAGACAACAUCACGCCUUACUGGGUCUCUUUAUUAAAGGGAUACACCUUCGCCACGGGGCCAUACGUGAAACUAUGUGAUAAAGAGAAGCGGCAGGGAAUCACUAGCCGGGCUGACUCAUACCCUAAUACCGAGGCUGGUAGCCCAAAGAGGUUCACAUAUGCAUCUUUCAACCGACAUAUGCUUCUUUGCCCAAGAUCUUUCACUAAUGAGGCCGGGAAAGGCCCUCACUCGCAGCCCACGGUGGCAGGAUUGGUAACCAGUACCAGUUACCCCAGUAAGGGUGAUGCGCGAUCCAUGGAUCGUUUUGGUACGCUCAGCUGUACAUUGUAUCAUGAGUUGUUCCACAUUGUCGAUUCUGCGGGAACUGAUGCGGAUAAUGGCCUUUACGAUGCGAUCAAGAUUAUGCUCGCAGGAAAGAACAAAGAUGAUAACCUGGUCAAUGCUCCGGAGCCAUAUGUUCUCCUCGCUCUAGCGGCCUACAUGUAUGAGAAUCCGCCUUCUGGUGCAACAGCGAUGUGGUACUGGCCGAUUGGUGGUUGGCAGCAACUGCAGAGCUGA